AAGCCGCGAAGCGAAAUCGCGAGCGGCAGUUCGGCAAUCGCGGCCCGGCACGCAAGUCGCGCACAUCCGUCGCGCGAAACGCUCCUUGCCACGUGGUUGAUACGCGGCGUGAGGGCGCGCGCGCGCGCGUUUUAUCUCUCUUUCUCUCGCUCUUUCUCCUGUUCUCUGUUUUUCUUCCGCCCUCUUAUCUUCCACUUAUCUCCCACAAUUUCCGUUUUUUAUCCGCCUUGCCCACGUGCGUCGUCACCGCGUCGCGUCGCCACGCAUUCGCGGUAAUGCCCACGCGGCACGCCGCCGUCGCCGUCGCCAGAGUACACCGAGUCGUCGCGUGGAAACGUGCGUGACGUUCGAGUACGCGCGCUCGCGCGCGCGCGCCUGUUUCGUACUUUCAAAAAGGGCUCUAACAAUAAGUCCCGCGACGCGCGAAAGAUGCCGGACAAGGUAGCGCCGGCGGAGAAGCCGGUCCUGCGGCCGGACGACGCCGCGAAAACCAAGAGCGACGGCGAGGGCGUCAAGCUCAAGAAGGAGCUGGGUCUGUGGAACGGCGUGGCGAUCAUCGUCGGCAUCAUCGUCGGCGCCGGUAUCUUCGUGUCGCCCAAAGGCGUGCUCAGGAACAGCGGCAGCGUCGGCCAGGCGCUCAUCGUUUGGAUCUUCUCCGGGAUUCUGUCCCUCAUCGGGGCUCUAUGUUACGCCGAGCUAGGUACGAUGAUCCCCAAAUCCGGUGGCGAUUACGCGUACAUCAGCGACGCCUUCGGACCUUUGCCAGCAUUCCUUUACCUCUGGGUGGCGUUGUUCAUCCUGGUACCAACGGGGAACGCGAUCACGGCACUCACGUUCGCACAAUACAUAUUGCAGCCCGUAUGGCCCGGAUGCGAGCCGCCAUAUGCAGCGGUGCGACUACUUGCUGCCGUGAUCACAUGUCUGUUGACCGCCAUCAACUGCUACAAUGUCAAAUGGGCAACCAGAGUGCAGGACAUCUUCACCGGCACCAAGAUCUUUGCUCUGAUAAUUAUCAUGGUCGCCGGUUUCUGGUGGCUCUGCAUGGGCCAUACGGAGAACUUUCAGCAUCCGAUGGCUGGCACCAACACCCAGCCCGGUUACAUCGCUUUGGCAGUUUAUUCCGGACUGUUCUCCUACUCGGGGUGGAAUUACCUCAACUUUGUAACGGAGGAACUCCAAGAACCCUACAAGAAUCUUCCAAGGGCGAUUUGUAUAUCAUUGCCGCUGGUGACAGUGAUUUAUGUUUUCGCGAACGUCGCCUACUUCGUCGUACUCACGCAGGAUGAAAUACUCGCGUCGAAUGCCGUCGCUGUUACCUUUGGCGACAAGCUGUUGGGCGUUAUGUCGUGGAUCAUGCCGUUCUUCGUGGCAUGUUCGACUUUCGGAGCAUUAAACGGCGCGAUCUUCGCAUCGGCCAGGUUGUUCUUCGUCGGCGCCCGAAACGGACACCUCCCUACUGCCAUUGCCCUCAUUAAUGUCCGCAACUUGACGCCGAUGCCAUCCCUCAUUUUCCUCUGCAUUAUCACCCUGGUACUCCUCAUCAUAGAGGAUGUCUACGUACUAAUAAAUUAUGUCAGCUUCGUUGAGGCUCUAUUUACCACACUCUCCGUGUCUGGUCUGUUGUGGUUACGCUACAAAAAGCCCGAUCUCCAUCGUCCGAUAAAGGUUUCUAUAAUUUUGCCAAUCAUCUUCUUCAUAAUCUGCGCAUUCUUGGUCACCCUCCCGUGCUACGUCUCGCCGUGGGAAGUAGGCGUAGGCAUAAUCAUAAUCCUGUCUGGCAUUCCCGUGUACUGUAUCUUCAUCGAUUGGAAAUCGAAACCCGCCUGGCUCAUCAAUGGAUCCCAUAAUUUGAAUAUGGCGUGUGCGAAACUAUUCAUGUGCGUGCAAGAAGACAAGACGGAGUGAGUGCGCGAAACUCGCGGUCAUUAUUACGAAAAAAUCCAUAAUGUGACAUCCGAAUUUAAGAGUGCAUUUCGCACGCAUCGUACUUUUUCUUAGGUAGGUGGAAAGUUGUGAAUAGAUAAAACGCCGACCAUUAUCAUCUAUUGGACGGCCGCAUGAUUGCACAAGUAUUAAUGAUAAUGCGUGAGCGAGUGAUGCAGCGAGUACUAUCGUCGUUCAUAAUUUUUAUAUUCUAUUCUAUAUAUAUAUAUAU